CCUAUGGCUGCUGAUCCCUCGCCUCGUCGCCCUUCUCUUUUUCCCUUGAGUAGCCAAAGUUGCUAGACUCGACAAACGGUCGCAAUUGCGUUGUUGGACUUGAAAGGUCCAGAUUUCCUCAAACCAAUGAGAUGUUUCCAUCCGGCGAUCAGGACGCACAACAGAUUCUAGCCCAGGCUGCCAUGGGAACAUUCACACCGGGUCUCGAGAUAGUCCGUUUCCGCAAGCGAUACUACAUUCGCUAUCAUCAGUAUGACUCUGACUAUGAGGGCCUCGGCGCACACAUCGUCGCACGCAUCCCUACGGACCCUGCUAAAUACCAGAAAUGGCUCGAGUCAAUGCGGAACCAUUAUGCAUCGACGGAACAUAAGCUCGAAGAUCAAGUCUAUGAAGUCCCUAACGGCCCCGAGCCCGACGAGCGGGACCAUGAGUUCAAGGAGCUUCCGACUGAGCUGCCAAACCGACUGGACCACUGGGUCUUUGAGUUUUCCUACAUCAUCAACCUCGACAGCGAAGUUCUCACAAUGAAUAAUAGCAUACACUGGAAGCUGGAUAGCAUCCCUCGCCAGAGAGACCUAUGGAUGGAGGCCAUCUCCGAUAGCAUCUACUUGGGUAAGCCUACCAUCUCUCUAGAUAUAUGCUCGGAAGAGCACAUGGCUUCGCCGGCCUUGACGCUUCCCGAGCCGGAUCCAGUUAUCCCGUUUGAUGUUUGCCUCGCAUCCCCAAAUAUAAACAUCAAAGGAGCUUGGAGCGCGUUCCUCACCCACGCUCUGGCCAAAAUCCUUAAAACAUAUUCUCCGCAGAUCAUUAACUUUGGGAGGGAGUGGAGCGCAGACUCAUUCCCCUUCCGUGAGUUGAUGUUCGCCCUCGUGUCUGUUGCAUCUAAUCAAGCAAAAUUCCAUGAUCAUCGUGGACAGCAGUGUCAGCGACAAUGCUGCCGUUCAGAUCGGUCUUUGACACCAUCCCCUGUCGAGGAUGAAUGGGUCGGCGACAGCGUCCCUCUACAUUUUGGUUCAAUGUCCCAUCGGCCGGGCAAGCCUCCGGGAGCCUCACCCACGGAGAUCAUAUACUGGGUAGGGGGCGUGCUGGUCAGCCUGGAGUUGGUGCUCGAUGGCAAGGCGGUGACGAAGGUGGUUGAUUGGGCCGUCCAGCAGGGACACGUCAACUUUCAGGUCGUCAUCCUGUCACUCUUUGAAGCGGUCUUUGCAGAGGUCUCAGUUGGCGAUGGCAAGAAGCCCUUCGUCAAAGUCAGCAACACUGUCGACCUCUCGCCUCUGCGUGCAGAGUACUGUGUGAGUACGCACCCACGAGAGCGCCCUGCGCUUAAGGAUGGAAUGCAUGCCCGGCCCCAGCACGGCGAGAAGGUUAUACAGUCCAAUUGCACGGCGACUCCAGCUAGUCUCGAAGAACAUUUCCCCGGACUUGCAGCGCUUGUCAAUUUCUUCGAUGCUGCCGCGACUCGCCGUGCCGCAAUCAAGUCACCAGGGAGCCUUCCUUCGGAACUGUACGAAAGAAUCCUGGAUUUCGUCGAUUACGAUACCUGGAAGGCCUGUCUCAUGGUCUCGACCGAGUUCCGUUUCUACUGCCUCCGCAAGUACAGGCUCGACCCUGUACAUCGACUUGUGGCGGGACCGUUUGUGAGAGUGAGCAGGCGUCCAACAACGCACUUGUCGUUCGAUGUUGAAAAUCUUCAAACGGGAACGGUCGUUCCGAUGAUGCACCAUCAGACCCGUGGCCCGACGGGGGAAUGCUCGUGGAUCCCAAUCAUCGGCGACGAACGCAAGGCCAUCAUGACAAAUGUUACCAUCAGCUUUGGGCAGGUGGGGGAUUUGCCGAUAGUUGACAGCAGCGAUGAAGGAAAUUGAACCAGAUUAGUAGGCUAAUGGCGUUGUGAAGGUGCAGCAGAGGCGCGAGCAAAGUUAGAUCGAUAGUUAAGUAGGGUAUCACUGGCGUAGUCAAGUGCUUUAAGAAACGAAGUUCCG